AUGAAAAGAAAAAAGAUUUCAAUUGCUGCUGCAAGAACAAAAGUUGAUGAGGCAGAGAGUCGUGAGCUUUGCCCUUAUUUUGAUAAUCUUCCGUCUCACCUCACUGCCCACAUUCUCCUUCGACUUCCAUUUAAGUCUGUUCUCAUUUGUAAAUCUGUGUGCAAAGUUUGGAAAACAAUGAUUUCAGAAUCACAAUUUGCUAAAUUGCACUUUGAGCGAUCACCAAUUAGUCUCAUGAUUCGAACACGACACCGAGUGUCAAGAACCCUAUACCUUCUUGAGUGCGAGCCUGAUAAGUUUGAGAUUGGAAGCAACAAUCAUGUCAAGCUUGCACCUAUAUUCAAGCUUCCUCUCAGAUCAUUUAGGGAUAAAAGAGACCAGAUCAAUAUUGAAUCCAAGCGCCCUUUUCGUGCUGCCAGAUUAGUUUCAGGGAAAAACAACGACAACAGUGAUAGGGGUAGACAGAGUCUUUAUAUUGAUUGCAACAGAGAUAUUGAUAAGUUUGAUAUUGUGAAUUCUUGCAAUGGUUUACUUUGUUUGUCUGACCCAUCUUUUGGAAACCCAAUAGUGAUCUGCAACCCAGUCACGGGGGAGUUCAUAAGACUUCCUGAAUCUACUACAAAUCGAACUCGAGUAAGAAUGCAAGGUCAAGCUGGUUUUGGAUUCCAACCUAAAACUAAUGAAUAUAAGGUAAUAAGCGUGUGGAUAAGACAUGUUAAACAAGCCAAUCAGUGGGUGUUUGAGCGUGUGAUCCUUGAGAUAAACACACUUGGAACAACAUCCUGGAGAAAUGUUGAAGUGGAUCCUCAAAUUUCUUUUUCGAGUCUAAAGUAUCCCACUUGUGUGAAUGGUGCACUUCAUUGGAUAAGAUUUGAGGAUGAGCAAAGGUCAAUAUUGGUUUUCUGCUUUGAAAGUGAGAGGUUGCAGUCAUUUCCUUCUCCUCCACAUGUGUUUGGAAAUCAUAAUGUUUAUUGUAGUAGGCCUAUUAGCAUGGGAGAAUUAAAGGGAUUUCUAUACAUUUGUGAUCCGACCUUUAUAUCUAAUGUUUCAAUGUGGGUUAUGAAUGAAUAUGGCAUUGGAGAAUCAUGGACUAAGAUUUACAACAUCGAUACUUCGUUCAAUCCUUUGGAUCGUGUUCCACGGGGUUAUGGUUUAAGCUGGCCGAUAAAACACUUUGAAGAAGGUGCUGCCAUAUUGUCAUAUCAUUCCUUCAAUUGUUUUACCUACUACGAACCUGAAAAAUAUGGGUUCAAAGUUUUUCGAAUUCAUGGGAGUCGGAAAAAUUAUUUUGAAGUAAUCCAACACAUUCCAAGUCUAAUUUCAUUGAAGGAUGUUUUGAAAGGAGUCAAUAUUGAGGUUCUGAAUAUCCACUCAAGGUGUGCAAAGUUUAAAUUGCGGGGAGAAAAGGAGGUUCUUUCUCUGUCUCAAGUUUGAGAUUUG